CCACAAACCAUCGCGACCCUUAUUUAUUACUAAAAUUGAAAGCUUCCUAGGUGCUGCUGUGCUGAGCCUUUCGACCAUCACUCGGUAACAGCUGUGCAGCAGUCUAACUGGAAAAGCUUUUCAGCCGUCCCACCUGGCUUCCUUAAAUUAAACUAUGAAGACCACGACGACCACACGUCGUCCGCUGGCAGGAGGGAGCGUGACAGGGGCAACACCGGCUCGCGGUUCCUCCCUAGCCUCGAAGACGCCAUCCACCAGCACCGCGAAGCCGACCACGAAGCAGCCUCUCACUCCAUCGUCUGGUCCAACAAAGUUUGCUCCGCUGAAGAAGGCGUCAGAUGGUUCCGCAACUGCGUCUGCUUCGGAAACCAAGGCCUUUGCUCCUGCGGCACCAGCAACAACCCCUGCAGGCGAUGUGGGUCAGACGGAAACCUGCGCAUCCAUUCACGGUACUGCGUCUAUGCCCGAUGCCGAACCUGCAAGGUCAGUUGCCGCUUUCAGCGACAACAGCCAGCAGUCCACCGCCGACAGCCCCGUCUCGACCUCGCAAGCCCCAGCCGCCACACCCUCACCAGCUACACUGCCGCUCACCACUGACGCACUG